CAAACGAAGAAAAGGAAAAACGGUAGCGAUACUCAGUACUCUGUUCUCACUGACCUUAAACCCUAGCUCCGAAUCGAAUUUCCAUUGCGAAUGGGGAAGAAGAAGAAGGUAAUCCUCCCACCUCAGCUACCUCCAGAGGUUGCGGAGGAUGAUAUCGAUGUCUCCGACGAUGAUGUGCAGUUCGUGAAGAAGAAUCAAGCGUACGCUGGAUUUCUUAAAAAAUUAGAUACCCAAUUGAUUACGAGGCAUGUGACUCGUGUGGCUGAUCAGAAAGAUGAUGCUCUAGAAUCUUUAUACGAGAAACGGAUGAGAAAACAGUCUUUGCCCAAAGAGACUGAGGAAGAUGGGCUAGAAGUUGAUCCGGUGGAUGCUCUUCCUUUCAAGACAUUAGAUGGGAAACUCUAUUACAGAACAGCAUCAAAGGAAUCCAAAAAAUCUGGUGAUGCACCCAAGGAUGAAGAAACUGCAAUGGAAGAGAAGAAUGAUGAUACUGAUAGAAGCAUAGUGAAGCUUACAAAAGCAGAAAAGAGGGCAAAGCAGAAGAAAAUUAGGAAAGAAGCAAAGCAGAAAGCAAAGGAGCCAGCUGAUAUAGAUGAAGUGCAGGAAAACCCUCAAGCAGAAGUGCUGGCUGAGGUGAGAGAGGACCUUUCUGCUGAAGAAUUAUUUGCAAGGAAAAAGAGUAAACUUGCGGAGUUGGGAAUGACCCUGCUUGCUGAUCCAGAGUCAAAUAUUAAAUCCCUUAAAGAGAUGUUGCAGAUUUCUAAAGAUGAAGAUCAAGAAAUUGUUAAACUUGGGCUGCUAUCUUUGUUAGCUGUUUUCAAGGACAUCAUUCCUGGCUACCGUAUUAGGCUUCCCUCUGAGAAGGAGCAAGAGAUGAAGGUCUCUAAGGUUAUUAGGAAGAUGCGGUUCCACGAAUCAACGCUUCUGUCGUCGUACAAGGCAUACCUACAGAAGCUGAUAGCUCUAGAAAUGCAACCUUCUUUCCAGCAUGUUGCAGUUCGUUGUAUCUGUGCUCUGUUAGAUGCAGUUCCUCACUUCAACUUCAGUGAUAACUUGUUAGUUGCUGUUGUAAAGAAUAUAAGCUCUCCGGAUGAUGUAGUAAGGAAACUAUGUUGUGGAACUAUAAAAUCACUUUUUGCCAAUGAGGGAAAGCACGGAGGUGAAGCAACUGUGGCAGCUGUUCAAUUGAUUGCAGAUCAUGUGAAGAUUCAUGAUUGUCAGCUGCAUCCUGAUUCUAUUGAGGUUCUCUUAUCUUUGUCAUUUGAUGAGGAUCUUGGAAGGUCUGAAUCAUCAAAGAAAGAAGAAAAUGUCAAAAACAAGAAAAAGAAGAAAAGGAACUGGAAUACCGAAGAUCCAAAUCAAUUGCAAGCUAGUGACAAAAAGAAAACCAGGCAGGAAUUGCUAGCUAAGACAAGGGAGGAGGUCAAUGCAGAUUUCAAGGCAGCUUCUUUUAUCCCAGAUUUGCAAGAGAGGAGGAUGAUGCAGUCAGAGAUGCUCUCUGCUGUGUUUCAGAUAUAUUUUCGCAUUUUGAAGCAUGCAAUGCAGCCAGCUGCAACCAGGUCUAAAGUGAACAAUGGCUCCUUAUGUAGUGUGUUUGGGCCACAUCCACUCCUUGCUCCAUGCUUAAAUGGCUUGGGGAAGUUCUCUCAUCUGAUUGACUUAGAUUUUAUGGGUGAUCUCAUGAAUUGCCUCAAAGUGCUUGCCUGCAGUGGUAUCGACUCUGAUGGCUCUCCUGAGAAUUCUUUAACUGUAUCUGAACGUCUCCGGUGCUGCAUUGUUGCAUUCAAAGUGAUGAGGAAUAAUCUUGAUGCAUUAAAUGUUGAUCUAAACGAGUUCUAUGUGCAGCUUUAUAAUUUACUACUGGAGUAUAGAUCUGACAGGGAUGACCAAGGUGAAGUCUUGGCUGAAGCUCUCAAGAUCAUGUUGUGCGAAGGAAGACAACAUGACAUGCAGAGGGCAGCUGCAUUCAUAAAACGCCUGGCUACUUUCUCCUUAUGCUUUGGACCUGCCGAGGGCAUGGCAGCCUUGGUCACUUUGAGACAUCUACUUCAGAAGAAUGUGAAAUGCCGGAAUUUGUUAGAAAACGAUGUUGGUGGUGGCUCACUUGCAGGAACAGUUUCGAGUUAUCAGCCAUUUGCCUCAGACCCUAACCUUAGCGGCGCGUUAGCUUCAGUUCUGUGGGAACUGAGCCUACUCUCCAAACAUUAUCACCACACAGUUUCCACAAUGGCAUCAAGCAUUUCAAGUAUGAGUGAAAAUAAUCAGGUUUAUCUGUCCAUCACCUCCCCACAAGAAGCAUUUUUGGAUUUGUCCCUUGAAGGGGAAUCAUUCACCCCUAAAGACAACCAUGGAAUAUCAAACCGUAAGAGGAAAAGGGGUAUUGGGUCAUCAAUUUUGAGUAGUGACGAAUCUAUUCAGGAACUCACAAAUCCAGAGAAAGAAGAUGAGGUGAGGCAGAAACUUUCAGAGCAUUUCCAUGUGCUGAGAGACAUUUCAGAGAAUGAGAGACUGCGGAGAGAGUUGAAUCAUACAAUGUCAUCAUUAAGGCAGUAUGAAGAAUAUAAGAAGCAAAGGAAGAAAAUUCCAGGAGACGCAAAGAGAAGAAAAAAGAAAAGUUUCUCAGCUGUUUAACAUUUCUUUUGUAGUUCAAUUUUUGUUCCCCCUGGAGCAUUGUAUUAUUUAUAUUUAGAUGUUGAACAUGAACACACUUGUUGCUU